AGUGUCAUCUUUGACCGGGCAUCCUUUCCGGAAAGAAAAAAGAAAAAAGUGAGGAGCGAAUAAGGUCGUGACAGGACCUGUUCAGUUGUUGGGUUUUGGGAGAGCUAAGCAAAACGAUGAAGAUUUGUGCCUGUGUUUCUGGGCACAUCUUCAAUCGGGCAUUUGGAGGACUAUCCCCUGGUAAAACCCUUUCUUUCUUCCUCCCCAAUUUCCCCUCCCAUUUCUCUGCGUUUCAUAAUGGUAUUGCUGUUAGGCCCAAUAUUCAUGAAUCAUACUUGCAUCAUAGUAAAUCAAGGUUUAAGAGUAUCAAGAAGCUUGAUGAUGCAAUUUUAGUAUACUGUCACAUGGUCCGAAUUCAUCCCCGUCCUCCAAUUUACCAAUUCAACCAUCUCUUGGAUGCUAUAGUAAAGAUGGGCCGCUACAGUGAUGCCGUCUCUCUGUUUAGGGAUAUCUUUGCAUCUGGAGUUGUUAUAGACAAUUGCACGCUGAACAUUGCUGCCAAUUCCCUUGCCCGUUUGCAUAGAGCGGACUUGGGUUUUGCUAUCUUAGGGAACCACUUGAAGCUGGGUUUAGUACCCAAUGUGGUUUUCUUCAACACCUUACUUAAAGGGUUGUUCCUCCAAGGUAGGGUUCACAAUGCUAGUUGGUUGUUUCUGAAGUUACUGAAUGAGAAACUUUGUGAGCUAAGUGAAGUCACAUUACUAAUACUAAUUGAUGGCCUCUGCAAGGCAAGACACAUUGGUAAGGCUAUUAAGUUGCUUCAUUUGUUUGAGGAGAAAGGAAAUUGCAAGCCAAAUGUAUAUGCGCAUAACGCCAUUAUUGAUUCUUUGUGCAAGGAUAAAAUGAUGGAUGAUGCCCUUGCCUUACUUACCAAGAUGAGUGAAAAGGGCAUUCCUCCUAAUGUUGUCACCUACAGUUCCCUAAUUCAUGGACUAUGUACAUUGAGUCGUUGGGAAGAGGUCAAGGAGUUAUUGAAAACAAUGGUGGACUCUAGAAUUCCUCUCAAUGUCCUUACAUACAGCAUAUUGGUUAGUGGGUUUUGCAAGGAAGGAUGGAUCAACUAUGCUGAAAACAUCAUAGAGACAAUGAUUCAACAAGGUGUAGAUCCCGAUGUAGUUACGUACAAUGCUUUGAUGGAAGGAUACUGCUUACAAGGAAAGAUUGACAGUGCAUCAGAGCUCUUAAACACCAUGAUUCAAAGGGGAUGCCACCCUGAUGUUCACACUUAUGGUAUUCUAAUAAAUGGGUAUUGCAAGAGUGGGUGUUUAGAUAAGGCCAUGCUAUUGUUAGAGAAACUCCCUACUAUUGGCCUAAAGCCAACAGUUGUUGCCUACAACAGUAUGUUGGAUGGCUUAUUUCAAGCUGGGAGAUAUGCUGAUGCCGAGAAGCUUUUUAACAAGAUGGUAGAAAAUCAAGAAUAUCCAAAUCUUGUCACCUACACUAUUAUUUUGGAUGGCUUCUGCAAGAACGAUCGUGUUCCUCAAGCUCUUUCUUUACUGAGGAUGAUGGAAGCUAAAAGUCCUAUACCCGAUAUCAUUAGCUAUAAUACUGUCAUAAAUGGACUCUUCAGUGUUGGAAAAUCAAGUAGUGCAAUAGGACUGUUCAAUGCUCUUCCAUCUAAAGGUCUGCUGCCAGAUAUGAUAAUUUUCAGAAGUAUGAUCAGUGGGCUUUGCAAAGAAGGCUUGCUAGAAGAUGCAAAGGGCAUGCUCAUGAAAAUGGAGAAAAAUGGUGUGAUGCCAGAUAGCGUGGCAUACAAUGUACUGAUCCGUGGGUUACUGAAAAAGAAUGAGCAUUGUGAUGCUCUAUUAUAUUUGGAUGAGAUGUUAAAACUUGGAUUCUUGCCUGAUGAUGCUACUUGCGAAAUUUUACUGAAGUCAAUCUUACGAGAAGGGCCAGAGUACACUCUGCUGCAUAUGCUUCUGAAUAUCAAAGAUAAUGACCAAUAGUCCAGAUCUUGAGUUUUUUCUGGCAGUCUGAUUAACUGUAGGGUUAACUGUGACUACUUUUAAGUGUACGUUAUGACCAUACUUGAAUGGUUGUUUCAUUUUGAGCUUUAGAUUACUGGGAUUAUUUAUACAUGAAUCGAGUUUAAUUAGACUGUGAACUUGAAUGGUGCCGUUUAUGUUACUGGCUCAUGUAGUCAUGUUCUUCAUUGAACCAGAGGAAGCCAACCAUCUUUUAUGCAGCUGCAACUUUGCUAAGAAGGUACGUAGUAGACUUGAGGAAGAAAAUCUUCUCAAGUGGCAGGGGGAUAAUAUAGAGCAGAUGAUGCACUAUGUGAGGAGCGCUAAAAAGAAGCUGAGAACAAAGAUGGAACCUGUCC